CAACAACAACAAUGUCCUCUUCUAAAACCAUAACCUUCACUCUAUUCAUCGCGACAACACUAUUCGCGUCCUGUAACGCAGCCGCAAACGCCACAACCAAACCUCUAUUCCCAGCCAUUCUAAUCUUCGGCGACUCAACCGUGGACACAGGCAACAACAACUACCCUUUAAACACAUUCUUCAGAGCUACACAUUUUCCCUACGGCAUUGACCUCCCAGACCACAAAGCUAACGGGAGAUUCUCAAACGGGAAACUAAUCCCCGACAUACUCGCAGCCAAAUUCAACAUCAAACAGUUUGUUCCUCCUUUCUUACAACCAAACCUCUCCGACCAAGAGAUUGUAACCGGAGUCUGUUUUGCAUCAGCCGGUUCGGGUUACGAUGACAAAACCAGCCUCUCCACUCAGGCCAUUCCUGUCUCGGAACAACCUAACAUGUUCAGGAAGUACAUUGCUCGUCUCAAGAGUAUCGUGGGAGACAAGAAAGCUAUGGAUAUUAUAAACAACGCUUUGGUGGUUAUAAGCGCAGGGACUAACGAUAUGGUCUUGAAUUUUUACACUAUUCCUACAAGGCGUCUUGAGUAUCCUCUUAUCUCUGGUUACCAUGACUUUAUACUUAAGAGGCUUGAUGAUUUCAUCGGGGAGCUUUACAGUUUAGGUGCCAGGAAUAUUGCGAUCGCAGGUUUACCUCCGAUUGGUUGUUUACCGAUUCAAAUGACUGCUAAGUUCCGCAACAUCUUUAGGUUUUGCUUAGAACAAGAGAACAAAGACUCGGUGGUAUACAAUCAGAAACUUGAGAAGCUAUUACCUCAGAUCCAGGCAUCUCAUACAGGAAGCAAGAUCCUUUACGCCGAUAUAUAUACCCCUAUAUACGACAUGAUGCAAAACCCUAGCAAAUACGGGUUUACAGAGACGAAGAGAGGAUGUUGUGGAACAGGGUUUCUGGAGACGAGCUUCAUGUGUAAUGUUUUUUCUCCAUCGUGUCCGAAUCACUCUGAGUUUUUGUUCUUUGACGCCAUUCAUCCAUCGGAAGCUACCUAUAAUUACAUAGGAGACUUGCUCGAUACUCAAAUCCGUGGGUCGAUUGCGGCUUAAGUCAUCAUCACAGAUUU